AUGGCCGGCAUGUUACUGAGUUUACUAGCUGCUGCUACCGACAUUGAAACAUCCCAGACAUAUAAAGUCCUGACAGAUGCCGACAACAUGGGUGGCAGUUGCACGUCCCGACUAGCCCAAGUGAACAAACUCAUCGCAGAAGUCCAGCAGCUGAUACAAGCCGCUACUGACUCUAUCGAUACUAUUUUGAAGUUUAGUACUUCUAGUAUAGUAAGCUCAAGCAAGAAAAACGAAAGACUGCGCCUUCUUCUCCUUGCACAGCGGUUCUUCGGCACUAAGUACAGCUCGGUUACUUUGCAAGUCUCCGACAAGACCUCACAGACCAAUCUCAAAACUCUCAGAGAAAACUUCAAUAAAGUCAGCAAGCAGAUAGAUAAGCAAGACAUGGGAUGGCGAUUUUCCUGUGACGACACUUGGACUAAGAAGGUCGAAACAUUACAAACGGAGUAUGGCUCAUAUCCAAGAGGCGAGCGUAUCAGCGCAGUCGCUGGACUGAAUGGCAAGAUCGGCACCACAACCAUCACCUAUGCAUUUUUCGACCUUGGAGGUCCGACGAUGAGACCUAUCGAUGACUGUAUGGAUGAGAAUGAGAAAGUCGAGGCUCAAAUAUCCUGGUAUAUCAAUAGAAAUAGAGGCUGGUUUGAGGCAGGACCAUGCACAGGAAUUCAAAAAGCCGGCGAAGCUCUUUCGGUUCCUUACGCAGCCACACUCAGCCAACAAAAACUCAUCUAUUUCUGCCCUAAGUUGUGGGAGGAUGUGGGAUCAUCACUCAAGGAAGACCUCACAACACUGAAAGGUGCAACAAUUUCUACCGCCGAUGAUAACCUGCAGCACCUGGAUCUGUAUAUGAGUCCCGGAGCAACUCUACUCCAUGAGAUGACACAUCAGGUUUUUGAUUCAGUGGACGACGCUCUCGGCUAUAACUUCAAGAACGUUGAGAAAGGAGAGAACCAUCCACUGUUGGCACUCGAGAACGCAGACAGUUACAACUUCUUUGCCGUGGCUGCGUAUCUUUCUCAGGUUGAAUGGCAUACUGGCGUUGCACGACCGAUCGGGUACAAGUCGAAGUGA